AUUCAUGAGUCACUCACUACGACUAACUAAAGUAAUUUUUCAAAUUUCAAAGUCCAAUAAAUACCUACAGAAUUUGUUACUCAUCUCGUUUUAUCAGUUUGUGCAAGUCAUCAUUAACUACUAAUUGAUUCUAGAUAGACCUGCGGCAUUUCCACGCAGCUAUUUGUAGUGAGAACAUUGUAGAUUUGCAACAUGACUAACCCCCAAGACCCAAAACAAGCAAAAAGCAUCUACGACUUUACCGUGAAGGACAUAAAAGGCAACGACGUGCCUCUCGAAAAGUAUAAGAAACACGUUUGUCUUAUUGUUAAUGUAGCUUCCCAGUGUGGUCUUACAAAAUCCAAUUAUGAACAGCUAAAUGAGCUGUAUGACAUGUAUGGAGAAAGCAAGGGACUUCGGAUAUUAGCUUUCCCUUGUAACCAGUUUGGCCACCAAGAGCCAGGCAACAACGAUGAAAUUUGUGAGUUUGUCUCGAAGAAGAAUGUCAAAUUUGACCUCUUUGACAAGGUCAAUGUGAACGGAUCAGAUACUCAUCCCCUAUGGAGCUACUUGAAAUACAAGCAAGGAGGCGCCUUGGGCAAUUUCAUCAAAUGGAACUUUACCAAGUUUGUAGUGGACAAGGAGGGACAGGUGGUUGAAAGGCAUGGCCCCACAACCAACCCUAAAGACAUCAAGUUGGAUAAGUAUUUUUAAGAAAUAUUUAUUAAUUGUUUAUGUUUGAUUAUGAUUAUUAAUGUAUAUUAGUGCAUUUAUCGUGCUGUUAAUUUUAUGUAUUAAACUUUUUUUUAAUAUAAUUAUGGGAUGAUUUGAA